UAUGUCGUCAUGACAGUUGAGUGACAAAUCCAGACGAGGGACGGCGGUUCCUGAAAAUAAAUAAUUAUCUCAGGAGAAAGUUUGCCAGAGCAGAUCAACACGCGCUCUCAGAAAGACGAACACGGGAAUUAUGGCGGGAAUUUGUAUCAAAUUUGGAACUCUUCUUCUUUUCAUUUCUUGUGUACAUGGUUAUGCAUACUAUAGAGGUCGAAUACCAAAUGGACAUAAAGUUCCUCAUCCCUGUAACCCGACAUCAGAUAAGUGGUUAGGUGUGGGGCACAUGCUGCCCGGGGGUAGGGGACCAAGAAAUCCCUUCGGUGACGACUUUGCAGCUAAUGGCCAAGAAUGGACCAAGAAGUUGUGUUUUAUGGACUCUGACGGUGAUGGCAGACAUAACGGUAUCGAGCUGGGCGAUCCCUGGUGUCAGUGGACCCCAGACAAUAACCACCCCCUCCAGCUGGCCACCUCCCACCCAGGUAUUUGCGACCCAUUAGAAAGUCCCAAAUGUGAAGGGAAAAACAACUGGUUGAAAUGUCCAGACUUUGCCCAGAGAUGCAACCAUGCCACAACUGAGCCAGGUGCCCAUCGUUUGGAGAUUCGUCUUCCUCGUCUGCACGUGCCCGCCAAGGAGCACAGCUACAUUUGUCUGGAAUACGAUCUCCCUGACAAGGACGACUACCACCUGACCGCAGGUUUACCAAUCAUCGACAACCAGGCCACAAUGGGCGGGGUUAUGGUCUUCGCUUGUGAAUCAAGUACUUAUACUCCUGCUUCGAAACAUCCUUAUGAAUGUGGGUUAAAGACUCGCGGAGACUGCAGACACUUGAUUGGAGGAUAUUCAGAGGACAUCCCAGGGAUCUGUUACCAUAGAAACGCGGGCAUGCGCAUUGGAAGAACUGGAUGUAGACAAAUAGUCAUUCAGAUUAAAUGGAACAAUCCAGAAGAAUACGAAGAUAUGUUUGAUUCCUCUGGUAUUGCUCUCUAUUACACCAACAAACUUCGCCGAUUUGACGUUGGAACAAAGAUCUUUUCUUCCACUCAUUUUACCAUUCCUGCACCAAGACCAAUCUACGCCAUAACAUCCAAUUAUCCCAGCGAAUGUUCACAAAUGCAAAUUAAAUCUCCCAUCUACAUAACCAGAGCUUUCAACCACAUGCAUAACUAUGGAAAACAAGAAAGAGUUGAAGUUAUUCGAGAUGGCCGUGUUGUCAAUCUAAUCACAGACGAAAGGUUUUACGACAUACAUAAACCCAAAACCUUUUGGCACACGAGUCCAGUUCAAGUUCUUCCCGGUGACAUUCUUAGAAUCACCUGUGUUUAUGACACUCGCGAACUGAAACAUCCGGUCAAAUGGGGUCUUCUUUCAACCAAUGAAAUCUGUGCUUCUACACUAGAAUACUACCCGAAAGGCAACUGGAUGGGAUCUACAUGUUCCAGCUUUAAAUCCAUUCCGCUGUGUAAAUUAGAAACGACUGGCGUGGCUAAUGGAUGCGAUUUUAAUGGCUUCUUUGGUGCAUUACAUAAAGAUCAAAGAACAUCUUCCCUGUUUCAGAACUGUACCAAUUUAAAUGUAUGCACACCAGCAUGUCGAACACUCGCUAAAGCAGCUACGUCACACCCUUGUUUGAAUGGAGAUAGUAUGGAUUUAUUGCGAUCACCUUUAACAGCUCCCAAUAAGAAAUUAAAAGUUUUCUUUAACGUACUUGAACUCUGUGGAGCAUACACACCACCCAAGCAUUCAAGCCAAUCAAGGAGACGAGGUCGAAAUAAUCUCAACAAUGAUACACAGGAGUCUAUGAGUUCCGGUAUCGGAGGAUCACUUCCGGGUCAUCUUGUAAGUGGAAUUGUACGGCUUAUGUCUAAGCGCGGAGAUCGUUAACCCUGCUUUGGUCCUGCUUGCUUUCAUACCAUCUAUUUAUUUUUACUUUGUGUGCUCUGCUGUUAAUAAAAGUCCUUGUCAGAAUAA